CAGGAGAUGAUUCACUGAAAAUUCCAUAUCAUUAUCCUACCACACACUUUCUCUCUACUUCUCCAAAACACCAAACGGAUAAAACAAAGUGUUCUCUUUUUUAAAACUCUUGCCCAAAACAAUGGCAACAUUGGCAACACCCGGAGUGUUGCUCGGAAACACUUCUAAGUUGUGCUUUCGCCGCCCACCGCAUCUUUCUCCUAAACUUAAGUCAGUCUCUUCGGAGCUGGGUUUUGUUACUUCACAAUUAAGUGGCAUCAAAAUUUCGUACAACCUCCCUGACGUGGCAAAGCCCAACCCCAUUUCCUCCCCUUUUGCUCCGGCUCUUCAACCCGUUGCACGGAGAAUUUGUCCCUUCACUGGGAAGAAAGCAAACAGGGCCAACAAAGUUUCCUUCUCAAACCACAAAACAAAGAAGUUGCAGUUUGUGAACCUACAGUACAAGAAGGUUUGGUGGGAAGCUGGUAAGCGCUAUGUGAAACUGCGUUUAUCAACCAAGGCUUUGAAGACAAUAGAGAAAAAUGGAUUAGAUGCUGUUGCUAAGAAAGCUGGGAUAGAUCUUCGAAAGGAAUAAUAGAUGGUUUCAGUUGGUAAAGCCUGUCUGCUUACUGUUUCCCCUGUAUUUUAAUCUUUUCUCAUGAUUUAUUGUUUUAUUUUUGUUGGAUUCUUCCAUUCAAAUGAGGAAAAUUAAUCUUUAAGCCUA